AUGAAAACUUCUGAUGUGGGGACGAGCCACGAAGGGCAUGAUAUCCUUCGAGAAUGCCUUACAGGGAUCGAAGUUGGCCCCGACCUAGAUGCUUCUUUUAUUUUUGACGAGGCUUGUCGGCUCUUCAAAAAAGCCGUUGUGCUCCAUAAAGAAGCGUUCUCCAAGUCUCGAGCUGAGCUUGCUCGAUGUGAGGCCGAGCUUAAGAAAAUCACGGAAGAGAGGGACGGUCUUAAAAUCCUCUAUGUCAAGAAAGAGGAAGAGAUCGGCGGUCUUCGAGCCGAACUGGCAAAGGCUCGUCAAGAACAAAUCGAGCUUACCGAAAAGUUUCAACAAAAGGGUGAGCUGGCGGAGCAACUUCGAGAGGAGCUCAAGAUGAAGGAGGCCAAGACCCUGGGGUGGAGGCAAGGCAUGGAAAGUCUUGCCUCCGAGAGAGAUACUCUUCGGGAGCAGCUGGCUUCACCCGAACGCCAGUUUCUAAGUGUGAAGGAGGAGAGCAUGGCUCGAGGCCACAAAAUCGAGGAGCUUAAAGCUAAAUCCGCUCCUGAUCUUGCCAAGGCCAAAUGUGAUGCUGAGGAGAUCUCUAUUGCGGCCGAAGUUAAGUUAUCAUGCGCACUUGACCACGCCAGGCGACAGUCCCGGAGGGAAACCCUCGAGGAGGUACAUGCUCGCGACUUUGAUCUCUUAGUCGAUAUUGAAAGGGCAAAGACUUUGGAAGAAGAGGCUGCUGCUUUGCUUUCUGAUGAGGAUGACUCAGCUAGUGGCUAUGAGAGUGGAGGGGAUGAAGAUAAAGUCCCUGAGGAGGAGGCUCCCGAAGAUGCAGCUGCCGAAGAUGUGGCUCCUGAGUAG